AAGGCUUUCAAUACAUAUUCAGCAAAUAAAACGCAGUCAUUUUCUAUAAAGUGCAUGCAAAGAUUUUUUUAUGUUUUUAGUUGAAUUCCGGUUUAAACUUUUAUUUCACAAUGCACGAGUAAAUAUGAGGUUUGGACAUGCUUGUUUGUACCUGUGGAUUUCGAACAUUUAUGAAUUGUCGGAUAUCUAUUGAACAAAAACAGCUAAGGUUGGAAUACUCGUUUCGAUUACAGAAAGAAGACACAGAUUUACUUUGUUUAUAAGUUGCAGCACCAAAAUGGAUUCAAGUUUUGUCACCUGUAAACUUUGUGCUAAGAACCUCACCAGCCCCUGUCACUUAGAUUGCCUUCAUGACUUCUGCAGAGACUGUAUCCAAAAGGAACUGACCCAGACCUUCAGCAGCAAGCUGUCUGCAUACUCGUGUCCAGUUUGCAAACAACUGACUGCGACUAAAAACAAGUCCUCGGAAAAAUGGGCGGAGCAACUUCCGCCGAGCGACUUCGUUGGCGCAUUGGCGGAGGUGCACAGAUUAAAGAAUGAGGACGUUCUUUGCACGCCUUGUAAACGGAAACGGAAGUCGACAACUGGAAGUAAGUGGUGCCGUAGUUGCCAUGAAGCGCUUUGCAAAAGCUGCGUUGAGGUUCAUGAUUCACUAAAGACUACGAUGAAACACGAAAUGAUGGAUUUAAACGAAGCGAAAACAAGCGAAACGAAGAGCCUUGUUUACGGCCCAAACUGUACGAUCCACGACCAUCAAGGUCUGACAUUGUUCUGUGAGGACCACGACGAGCUCAUCUGCCCUCUGUGUGCAGGAGCAAAACAUAAGGAAUGCAAGCAGAUAAGGACAGUAAAUGAAGAAGUAAAAGCAAAGUCAUACGAGUUCCAGGAGGCUUCUUCGAAGUCUUCAAGUCAGUUGCAAAUUGCAAAGAAAGCGUUGGUAUCAACACGGUCUUCUAUUUCUGAGGUGGACAGCACUUUCCCAAACUUGAGGGAUAAAAUUCGGAGUGUUCGAAAUCGAGUGGAUGAAAUUCUAAGCAAAUGCGAGAAGAAAUCGACAGAAGAGCUUGGCAGAUUGGAAAACGAGUAUCGGGGAAAACUAGAGCAAGAUAUUCAAAAGUUAGAAUCUUUGAAUGCAGAGAGCUCGCACACCAACCAAUUACUAGACCACGUGAAACGCUUUGGAACCGAUGGUCACAUUUUACAGUGUAUGCAGCAAGUCCAGGAAAGGAGCAAAAGUAACUCAGAGGCAUUCGAAGAAUACAGGGAGGUGAAGAAACUGCCCAAGGUAAGCUUUGCAAUCAACAGGCAAUUAGAUGAAGUUCUGAGAUCUCUCUCAACACUGGGAGACCUUGUCAUCGAUGGAGAAGGCCUCGAAUCCAAGAAAUCAUCUCCCACGAAAAACGGUUUGGAUGACAACAACCGAAAGAGUCCCGAGAGGAGUUAUCCGAAAGAGCAUAGGGAAUUUUCUGUGAGGACAAGGUCUGACGAGAACGCUUGCGUAAUCACGGGAAUUCUAUCUUUACCAACACUAGACUGGGUCUUCUGUGACAAAGGAAACAGCAAACUGAAACUUUUCGAUAGGCAGUUCCAAAUGAAGUCUGAGCACAUCAUGCAACAGUCACCGUUUGACGUCACACUAAUGGAGGAUCAAAUUAUAGCGGUUACCAUACCUGAAAACAUGAAGAUUUUGAUAUACAAAAUUAUGGCUGGGAUCAACUUACAAGAAGAAAUAAAGACCAAAGAUCGUUGCUUUGGAAUAAGUUAUACAUCGUCGGAAAAUAAAUUCGUUGUCACCUGCCCGUAUGGGUCUCCAGCUUCCCUGCGACUUCUAUCUCGUAAUGGGGAGGAACUGAUGAAUCUGAUUCCGGAAGAGAACCAUGGGUCCCUCUUUUUACGACCAAUGUACGUUAGGUUCGACGCGUCAGGGAACUCCCUGUUGGUCAGCGACAGCCAACGAAACCGGGUCACCGCCAUCACGCGCUCUGUGUACAGGAGAUUCCACUACACACACUCCAACAUGAAAGGACCACGCGGUCUCGCUCUCGCCGCCAAUGGCGACCUAUUUGUUGUUGGAUGGGGUUCCGAUUCUGUUCAUCGGGUUGAUGAUGCUGGGAGGUUCAGAGAGGAAGUCCUAUGCCGCCAUGAUGGGAUUUGUAGUCCGCAGGCUGUCUGUGUGUCAUUUGACCAAUCCCAGUUCGCGUUGUCCCUUGAUGACGUCAGCUGUAGAAGCGAUUUUAUUCUGAUAUUCUCCGUGUAAUAGUUUUAUUGAUUGAGACAUUUGGAUACAAUUUUUCGAUAAUUUAGGUGG